GUCCCGGCCAGUGCCUGUGCUUCCGGCUCGAGUUCUUUCCCCACGCCGCCUUCAGCAUGUCCGAGACCGCGCCUGCUGCCCCAGCCGCCCCGGCCCCAGCCGAGAAGACGCCGGUAAAGAAGAAAGCACGGAAGCCAGCAGGUGCUGCAAAGCGCAAGGCGACCGGGCCCCCGGUGUCCGAGCUCAUCACCAAGGCUGUGGCCGCCUCCAAAGAGCGCAGCGGGGUGUCGCUAGCCGCGCUCAAGAAGGCGCUGGCGGCCGCCGGCUACGACGUGGAGAAGAACAACAGCCGCAUCAAGCUGGGGCUGAAGAGCCUGGUGAGCAAGGGCACCCUGGUGCAGACCAAGGGCACCGGCGCCUCCGGCUCGUUCAAGCUCAACAAGAAGGCGGCUUCCGGGGAGGCCAAGCCCAAGGCCAAGAAGGCGGGCGCGGCCAAGCCCAAGAAGCCCGCGGGGGCAGCCAAGAAGCCGAAGAAGGCUGCGGGGGCCGCCGCGCCCAAGAAGAGCGCCAAGAAGACCCCCAAGAAGGCCAAGAAGCCCGCCGCGGCUGCUGGCGCCAAAAAGGCAAAGAGCCCCAAGAAAGCGAAAGCGGCAAAGCCCAAGAAGGCGCCCAAGAGCCCAGCAAAGGCCAAGGCGGUGAAGCCCAAGGCUGCAAAGCCGAAGACUGCCAAGCCGAAAACUGCCAAGCCCAAGAAGGCGGCAGCCAAAAAGAAAUAGGAAGUUCCUUUGGCCAGCUGCUCCGAAGUUCCACACAACCCAAA